GGGGCGCCGCCGCGGCCCUGGGGCGCCGGGCCGGGCCGCUUCGGCGUGGGGGCGGCGGCCGUUCGAGGAGGCCUCUCCCCGCGGCGGGGCCCGGCGAGGCCGCGGAGCGCCGCCGGCGACGGGCCGGAGCAGACCGCCCCCGCGCCGGUGCUGCUCGCGAACGAGACGUACCAGGAAUUCCUCGGCUCCGCCGAGAUGCAGUUCUGGGACGACGGCCUGAUCGUGGCCGAGGUCUCGGGCUUCGGCACCGCGCCGCUGCUCGACGCGCUGGGGGCCGGCGUGGCCGAGGCCAUGGUGCGGGUCCCGGAGGUCGAGUGCCGCGGACUGGCCGACAUGAGGCACGGAGUCGGCAGUACCCCAGGCUGUGUGGCAUCGAUGGUGUCGUUCCUGAAGGAACACGGGGCGCGCAUCUCCCGCGCAGCCAUCGUGGCGCCCUGGCCGCUUGCUGGCCUGGCCAGGCUGGCGGUCAGGAUGGCGGACCAGCAGGGCGUGCAGUUCUUCGGCGACCGCGAGAGCGCGCAGCAGUGGCUGUCGCAGUUCGGGCGCCCGCCGUGAUCCAGGGUGAUGGUGGGCCGCGCCCGAGGAGGGCGGCGUUCGAGGGUCGGAGGCUCGUGGG